GAAUCGAAUCGAACUGGUUGAUCAGUCAGUCGGCUUGUUGACCAAUUUCAUUUUCGAAUAGAGUUCGUAUGUUAUUUUUUUCUUCUUCUGUAAUAUGGGCCGAAUGUGGCAGCGAUUCGCGUAAACAAAGUAAUAGAUCAAAUAUCAAAAAUCGCUAGAGGAAUUCGUUGUGCGACCACUUGACUGAGGACGAUUCAUAACAGUGUAUUUUAUGCGUAUUAACUUUUCAAUCACUUUGGGAAUUCGGCAAAGGCUUUUUUUCAUCAACCAAAAGAGUGAAAGAGACAAAAAAUAUCUCACGCAGUAUCACAUUUGUUUCAAAAAAAAAACAAAUUAUGUGCAAAUGUGUCUGCUAUAAACUGCACGUACACAUUGAUAGAAAAAAAAAUCGCUUUCAUUCAUCGUGGGCUUUGUUUACGAGGCACAAGCAUACAUUUAACAUGGUUUUAUAUUGACGUUCCGUUGUUUGAUUUUCUGAACGCAUCGCUUAACCUUUUGCUAAGACAAUUUAUACGUAUUACGUAUACAUUUACGUAUGUGUAUCGCGUGUGCUUUCCGCUCGUUCUAAGCUAUGGACUCACCAUUGGAACAAUGUAGAAGAAAUAAACAGAAAAUCCAGUACAAAACAGACAAGCUGAUUAAAUAUAGGUCAGGUUUAACCGUGCAACUGUUAGGCCGUACUGUGCAACAAGAGUAAACUCAUUUUUAAGCGACAAUUUUUGUUUUCCCUGAUCGAUAUGUAAGAGACAGUAGAUGUAUUUGUGUAAUUUGCAUGAAGAGGACGAUCGAUUUAGGUGUUGUGAAUACUAGUUGUACGCUUGCCAAAAAUUGAAUCACUCAAAAACCUGAGAUAUUUCAUGUAAAUAUUUUCCAAAUUGUAACUGAGUCGAAGCGCGUAAAAAUCAAGCGACACCAUGAUAGAGUCAAUGAAUGCGUUACCACACAAAAAUUUAAAUCGUUCGAAAAUUCGUCUCAGUUAUUCGGGGGGGGGGGGGGGUACCGAAAAUAAAUUUACGAGUCGCUAAAAUAGACAAAACGACAGGCGACAAUUUCCAUUGCAUCUUUUUAUCUGUCGAGUGCGUACGAAUUUCAUUUCAACCAAUUCCCGCUCACACUCAAUCCAUUUUUAAAAACAAAUCUGUUUUGCUAUUAAAGAUCCCUGUUGAGAACGAAAGCGAAAGAUUGUGUGAGUGAGUGAGUGAGUGAGUGAGUACGACCGUGCGAUAUCUAUUGUUGCUAGGUUUCGAUUUUUUUAUUCUGUUCUGUGAACGAUGUUGCAAUCGUUAAUAUUGUGAGCUAUAUGACUUGGUAUUCGAACAAUCGAACCAAAAACUGAACAAUAUGAAUUGUUGUUGCCCGAAACUGCACAUCUACCAAAACAGCUAAAAUUGUGAGCUGGUGGAAUGUAAACAACGCUCAAUGAUUUUAUGUCAACUGGUUUGAAUCGCAAUUAUUAAAUGCCAUAAACAUAAUUUUCGACCGAUGAUAUGGCAAAUCAUGGAGAUUCUCUAUGCAAAUCGUGUGUAUUUUAUCAGCAUGACAGAGAAUACAGGUACUAUAUGGGGGUACAUAUAGAAAUGAAGGUAAAGAGAAAAGUAUAUUUCAGUUCAAUAGCGAUCAUCAAUCCACCUACAUGUUCGCGGAAAUGGGGAUAAAAUUGGAUGGAAGCUAAUCGAAGUUUCUAUUUAUGGCAUUUGAUUGUGGUAGACAAUAAAGAGACCUUCAAUGCCCCUCAAUGCUAUUAGUGUUUUUAUUAGAUGCCAUUUUCAAUUAGAAUAAAAAAUAAUUUCAAAUUUAUGAGCAUUGGAUGCAUUUUUUUAAAUCUAAUUAUGCAUCACAAUAUAUUCAAUUUGUUGAAUCAUGGAAUCGAUCGAAUGACCUUCGAUAACACCAACUACAAUUUAUUUUGAGAUAUGCCAUUUGUUAUUCUGUUUGUUAUUUUAUCGUGUACCCGGGAAGUACAUCAGGUAGGAGAAUAUAUUAGAAAUUCUGUUUGGGCGCAAACAAAAAUCAACAAUAAAUUUUGAAUUGAUUGAUAAUACAGAAAAUCCGGAUUUUUUAUUUUCGACUAAAUUUUGUUGGUUCGGUCAACGGCAUGUCGAAAAUCCAUGAAAUACUGGUUAAUUCUUUGUCGUUGCCAUUAAAGUUUUGGCUUUUGUUGUGUAUGAUAUGAUGCAGCUCAUUGGAUAUUGAGCAGUUGGUUCAUUUUCAUCUUUUUUCUUUGAAUGCGAAACUUCUUCGAUAUUUUCUGCGUGCAAAACAGAGAGACACUCAGCGGAUAGCAAUCGACACACAAAUAAAAUUCGCUAUAAAUGGCAAUGUGGUAAAUCACACACAAAAGCGUAUAUACAAUACAAGCGGAUUGCAUUAUUGAAAGCAACACAAAGCAAAGAAGCAAAUGUUCGAUACAGCGGAUAUAUCAUCAUUCUUCUGUGUUUUCAUGCCUCUUUGUGUGUCUAAUGCCUCGUAUACAUCUUUCUCUCUCCGGCCAUUCGCUGGCUGUCGUAUCAUUGUCGAAAUUAAAGAGGAACAAAAAAGUAACAAAACAAAUAAAUUCUUUUCGACUAUGGAAUAGGAGCACAUUUUGUGCUUCGAACCAUUUUGAAUUACUAUUGCACGGUGUUAAUGCUAGAGAAAAAAGAACCUAUUAUUUUCAAUGCUGUGGCGUUUGUCGAUGUUGUUAUUGUUUUCUUCCAUCCCAUCGUACGAAACGGUAGAGCGAACAAGGAAAGAAAGUGAUUUUUAUUCGAAGGCGAACAAAGACGGAGCGAAAACGUAUGUGUAUUUAUACUAUACACAUCUGAUACUGUGUGUGUAUAUAUGAGUCUACAACAACAUUGGACCAGUUGUGUAUCGCAUCGCACACAUGCACGUGCGAAACGUUUUCAGUCGUACGGAAAAAGAAAAAAAAACGAACCCGAAACGCUCGGAUAGUGUAUUUCGAGAGUGGCGAUGGUAUGUGUGCGUACGUACUCAUACAUACAUACACGGGCAUACGUAUGUUUGAAUGUGUAUGGAUCAUUGUGUGUGGAAGCGAGCCAAUGUUAUGUGUGAUAUCGAAAGAAGAAAAUUAAAAAUGGCGACAAAUGCUAAACUGUGUUCACUCAGUACACUAGCAGCGCACACAAUUCGUGGAAAAAACAUUGAUUUUAUUAAAGUGGAAAAUUUGAAAAAAUUCUUAAAAUAUCCGAACAGUGAUUUCAAGUGAAUAAAUGGUGAAAAAUGGCCGAAUCAGUGUCGAUAAUUGAAGAAAGACCCAAAUUUGAUGGAACAAAUACGAAUGACGUCGUAUACUGCACAACAAUGGCGACUGAAGAAACAACAACACACAACGAUUACUAUAAAACAUUGAUUUGUAGUAGUGGCGCUGGCAGUGUAUCAUCGCUCAGUUUGAACGAUACGAUUAGAACAACAUUAACCGUGUCAGUAGAAGCAGCAAAAGCAGCAGAAAGAGCAGAAACAGCAGUAGCAGUGGCAGCCGUUACACAGAACACAUCCAAUACCGAUUCGACGGAAGAAGAAAAAAUGAUUCCAAACGUUUUGGUCAAUGCAAAUGUGGCGAAUAAUAAAUUGAGCGCGAUCAGUGUGCAAAACAAUAACAAUAACAACAAUGGCAAUAAUAAUCACAAUCUUCUGAUGAAGACGAAACGCAGACGACGAAAAUCAUCGAAACAAAAGACCAACUCAAAACCAUACAAAAAAUCCAAUUGGAAUUAUCAAAAGCGCGCACGCAAUGGAUCAUCACGUCUUGUGCCGUAUAAUACAAAUCAAUUCCUGAUGGAGGAGCACAUGCCCGAAAUUGAUGCCGAUUGCAGUGGACGGUGCCGUGAUUCGAGUUUUUCCUUCGACUCCGACAACGACAAAGAGGAGUAUUUGUCGAAGGAAUUUUGCAACGUGUAUGAAAAUGCGAAAAACGAUCGUCUUUACGAGAUGACCAAGUCACAGCUGAUCCAGGAAUAUCUACAGUUGGAAGCCAGUUACGAUAAGUUAAGUAAUAGUUUAGGUCAGGUGACAGACCAAUUGGGCAGCCGCAACGGAGGCAACGUACUAAAGCGACUAGCCGAUCGUGUGUCCGAGCUAUCAGCCGAAAAUUUGGAACUGCGGCGACAGAUGUCCGAUAUUCGAAGUAGAGACACACGUCAUCACAAUCAUCAUGGAUCACAUCACAAAUCAUCAAAUACAUACAACAAUCGAUCCGUUACGUCGAACACAACAAAUCAUAAUAAUGUAACAAGCAGUGAAGACAGCGAAAGUGAUAGCUCGAGCUCAAGUAGCAGUAGCAGCAGUAGUUCCAAUUCCGACAGUUCAAGUAAUUCGAAUUCGUCAAACCGAAGUAAAAGUUCACAAAUGAGCGGGAUCAGCGACAAUCAUGCUGAUGAAUGCUCACAACUGUUGAUCAAAAAUGAAUGCGGCUCGGUGGCUGACGAUGACCCAGUGAACAAUACAACACUCAACCAAAUCAUUAGCUCAUAAGUUUUUGCAUGCGAAACGGAAAAAGAAAUAAAAUACAAACACACACAUACAUAUAAAUGAAGAACAAUGUCAUAAUGUUGGUGCGUGUGUGCCUCACCACGCCAUGGAGUGAACGGUGGUUUCAAUUUUUGAUUUUGACCAUUUUUGAGAGCAUUCAUUCAAAUUGAAAUCAACCAUAAACUCCGAUCAACGCACACAGGAAAAACUAAACUGUAUUUUUCUGUCAUCAUCAAAAUUUAACGUUAGUUUCAUUGAAACAACAACAACAACAACCUUUUUUCGUAUUAAUACACUCAUUUUUUUGUCAUUUUCUCGAUUUUCUUUUUCAUUUAAUAAAUAGUUUACUAUGUACCUAAUUUUUAUUCCAACAGAAGAGAAACUGAAGCAAUUUCAUUCAAAUGUCAUAGAUUAGUAGCCAGACUCAUCUUUUGUUCUCAUGUAUUCCAAUGAAUAUUCAAUUUAUUUGUUUUUUAAGUGAAUCACUUGAAGCGUUUUCCAAUGAGUUUCUUUAUCGAAAGAUUUUUUUUCUCCCGUUUUUGACGAGAAAAGAAAGAGAGAAAAAAUGAUAUCUGAAAAGAGGGAGCAAAAAAAAUAAUAAUUAAAGAAUCAACUUACUCUGUUAUGAAACAAAAUAAAAAUGGAACAAAAGAAUGAUAAUUUUUAGAUUUUAUAGAAAA